AUGAGCACACCCUUGGUAGCCAAACCUCCACUCACUGCCUCUGAUGGCAAUCCAUUUGACAAUUUGAUAAUAUUUCGUGAGAUGGUUGGGUCUCUUCAAUACCUGACCAUAACACGCCUAGAUAUCUCCUUCGUUGUCAAUUUUGUUGCACAGUUCAUGAGUCAACCCCGCACCACCCACCUGAUGGCUGUCAAGUGCAUUCUGCGUUUUGUCAAAGGCACCCUUGACCAUGAACUCUCAUUUCAUCCUCAACAUCACCCGGUUACACUUUCUUCUUACUUUGAUGCCGAUUGGGCCGGCUACCCGGAUUCUCGUAUCUCUACCUCUGGCUAUCUGGUCUAUCUUAGCUUGAAUUUAAUAUCAUGGUGCUCCAAGAAGCAACCAACAGUGGCUCGUUCUAGUGCUGAAGCUGAGUACCGCUCCCUUGCUCAUGCAUCCGCUGAAACAACCUGGUUAGGCUAUCUACUCCUUGGUGUGCAAAUUGCUCUUCCAAUUAUGCUUCAUUAUGACAAUUUAAGUGCAACAUAA